GAAAUGAAGAAUCAAUCCUCAGUCACAGAGUUCAUCUUGGUGGGUCUGUCCAGCCUCCCUGAAUACCAGAUGUUCCUCUUUGUGUUAUUCACCUUCAUCUACAUGGCAGCCCUCACUGGAAACCUCCUCAUCGUCAUCACUAUUACUACCAGCACCAGACUCCACACCCCCAUGUAUUUCUUGCUUAUCAACUUGUCCUUGAUAAACCUUUUAUCCAUCUCAGUGUCCAUUCCCAAAAUGCUAUGCAACCUUCUGGAGCAUAAGAAGACCAUUGCCUUCUUAGGCUGCAUUACACAGAUAUAUCUCUUUACUUGGACUCUGGGAAGUGAAGUUCUGGUCCUUGCUGCCAUGGCUUUUGACCGUUACGUUGCUGUCUGCCACCCUUUGCAUUACACCAUCAUCAUGAGGAAGGAGGUUUGUGUUGAGUUAAUCGCUGGCGUAUGGAUAGCAGGGGUGAUCAAUUCUGCAGUCAACACUGGAUUUGUGCUCCAGCUUUCUUUUUGCAACUCGAACAUCAUCAAUCAUUUCUUUUGUGAAUUACCAUCAGUGCUAAAACUCUCCUGCUCAGACAUCAGCCUCAAUGAAACCUUGGCUUUUCUGGCUGACAUAGUCUUUGGGAUGGGAAGUUGCGUGGUAACUUUAACAUCCUAUUACUUCAUCCUGAGAACUAUCUUGAAGAUUCGCUCCACAGAAGGCAAGAAGAAAGCCUUCUCCACCUGCUCCUCCCACCUCAUAGUCGUCAUCUUGUACUACUCAACAGCCAUUUACACCUACAUACACCCCUCCUCGGCCUACUCUCCAGAGAGAGACAAAGUGAUCACUGUCCUAUAUUCUGUUAUAACUCCAGCGCUCAACCCGAUCAUAUACUCCCUGAGAAACAAAGAGGUCAAAGAAGCCCUCAGUAAACUGAUAAGAAGACUUGGGCCAUAUCAAAGAGAAUAA